AUGCCGCGAACACUACCAUGGCUUACCCCGGUCCAAAAUCGCGACCGACCAAGAAAUAUCAAGAAUGAGAGCAGCCCACAGAGAAGCUCCCGGGUGAAGACCGAGACACCAAGCAGGGUUUCAACGCCGUCCACGAAACGUGAUUUUUUACGAUCUUCUCCAAGCCCACCGUCAUCUCCUAUUCAUCAGUGUCCGGAAGAGGAGUUUUUGAUUGAAGGACUCGGCAAUGACGAUUUAUAUAUUAUGGUUGAAGACGAAUUUUACACCGUCGCGCAAAGCUUCACCCGCCACCUACACUACGCGGAAUACGUUCGUCGCAAGAAGGAGGCGAAGGUACAGAAUGCCGGUGCUCUUGAGGAUAUUGUGCUGCGCCCCACAGAUGGAGUAUCGUCGAUGAGCGAAGGACUUAAAAGGAAAUACCAGGCGGAGGAGAUCUCCGCCAGACAGAAAGCCGGAAUAGAGCAAAUUGAAAGGGAGAAGCGGGCGCUGGACGAGUCUGGGCUGGACGGUGUUGAUGACAAGGAUGCGGAAGAAGAGCAGCAUGAAUCCUGGGCGGGAACUUCCUUGUAUGAUCUUAUGUUCAGCCCGCGGAAGGCCAGGUUGCUUGUUGGGAUGCGAGGAGUUAAGUCGUCGACCAGGGCCGCGGCCGGGUUUGCAAAGGCGGGAGGUGGUAGAAGCAGUUCGCCUUUGGAAAGGGAGAAGAGAGAGGAAGCGUUGCCGGAAGAAACGACUACGGAUGAUGAGGAUGAUGACCUGGACGGUGGUGGAAAUGUGUCUCCUACGGUGGUGUAUCGGAGAAAUGGACGCCCUUCUACGAACUCUAACACCUCGAGCUCUUCCGCCGGUGCGUUGAUAUCGCGCUCAGUGGAGAAUCGAGAGAAGAAACUACGACCUACGAAUACUGAACGCGCAGGUCUGAACCCCGUGAAAUCAGAAAGGAGAAUCAUAUUUGAUGACUUUGACGAGCUUCCGGAGCUGCGCAAGUCAAAUAUCCAGCUUCAGAGUCAACAAUUUACCCCGCAACCCAAAACAAAGCGAAAGCACUCGAAGGAUAAUAAUACAGGGGCGAAGAAGUCGCGAUUAAAUGAAGUUCCGACGUUUUUGAUUUGA